AUGCCCGCUCAAGGUGCCGAUGCUGCUGGAAUCGCCUCUGGCGAGAUCUCCGUCGCUGACAUGAAGGCUCGUGCAGCUGAGAAGACCACUGGAGCUCAGGCCGGAGAGCGCCGCCGCUCUUCCGUCGCGACCGAGAAAGUCAAGCUGAACAGUGGUCACUACAUUCCCCAAGUCGCGCUUGGUGUCUACAAAGCCCCCAAUGACGGAACCACCGAGGACGCUGUCAAGUGGGCUUUCGAGGCUGGUUACCGCCACGUCGACUCUGCUGCACGAUACAUGAACGAGGAGGCUGUUGGCCGUGCCAUCAAGGAGUUUGUCGAGAAGAGCGGCGUUAAGCGCGAGGAGCUCUUCAUCACCUCCAAGCUGUGGGACGCUGACCACGAGCGCGCAGCUGAGGCCAUUGAGGACUCCCUCAAGAAGCUGCAGCUCGAUUACAUUGACCUAUACCUCAUUCACUCUCCCGGAAACCUUGGCCCUGACGCCCGUCUCAAGGCCUGGAAAGAUCUCGAGGCUGCCGUCGAUGCCGGAAAGAUCAAGUCUAUUGGUGUGUCCAACUUCGACGUCGAGGAGCUCGACCAUCUCUUGGCUGUUGCCCGCAUCAAGCCUGCCGUGAACCAGAUCGAGUCUCACCCCUUCUUCCAACACGAGGAGCUCCGCGAGGCCACCAUUGCUCGUGGUAUCCACGUUCAGGCUUACUCGCCCAUGGCCCAGGGCGCUGCUCUCGAGCGCGAGGAGAUCAAGGCGAUUGCGACCAAGCACGGCAAGUCCCCCGCCCAAGUCUUGUUGCGUUGGGGUCUGCAAAUUGGCAACAUCAUCUUGCCCAAGUCCUUGACCCAAUCUCGUAUCGAGGCGAACGCCGAGCUCUUCGACUUUACCCUUGACGAGGAUGACAUGGCCAUCUUGAACAACUUGGACGAGGGUAUGAAGAUGGGCAAGCUGGGCCCCGCAGGAACCUCUGCUCCUGGCUCUCGUCGUUCUUCCAACUCUGGCGGCGUCGCCGGUGGCAAGCUGCAGAUGACUUCCAGCUAG